AAUCAUUCCAUUGAUUAGACGAUGGUUACACUUGGUUCACGUCGUGCGCGUUUCCCGUGUUCCCUCUAGACGUAGAAGUGUUGGACUUUUUUUUUUGGGUGUUGUGCUGCUAUAAGCUGCUACUGCUGAUUGAGGAAAUUAUUUUUUGACCUUAUAUAGGAAGAAAUAGUGCGAUAAAUAUUUUCCAGCAUUUGAAUGCGGUGUGGUAUGGAUUUUCGCGAGGAAAAAAAAGUGUUUCGUAGCUGUCAGUAAAACUUGUUUUCAUCGGCUGGUGGAAAACCCCGCAUAUAAUCUGCGCUGCUGUGGAUUCCCGGAAAUUUUUCGUUGCAAGUGGCCAAGGCAAGAACCGCCGAAGGAAUGUGAAAUUGGAGAGUGCUUUAGGAAAAGUGAUGUGCUAAGGUUUUCUGUUUUUGGUAAACUGCGAAAAAAGUCUUACAAACAAGUGAAACGAAAUUGUUGAAUCAAAACGGUGAAGUUAUCGAAAAAGAAAAAUCCAUAAAUUACGCCUGCAGGAAUUACCCGGAGAGGCAGUGAAUAUAAGGAAGAGAAAUAAACCCAGGAGAAAACAGUAAACAUAAGGCGACACCAAAAUGGCUGGUGUAUUCGAUUUGGAGCUGCACGAGGAGGAUAACAUCCGUGACUCAGACGAUGAUGUGAUCGAGGUCGAUGAGGUCGAUCUGGAACCGGAGCUACACAUCAACAGCAACCUCGAUGCCGAAGGUUCGGAAACCAUCCCCCUGUCAGAGGAAAUCGUCAACCCGGGCCGGAUGAAGCUCGGGCCGCAGGAUUUCGAGCUGAAGAAAGUGCUCGGGAAGGGCGGCUACGGCAAAGUCUUCCAGGUCCGAAAAACUACCGGUGCCGACGCAAACUCCUACUUCGCCAUGAAAGUGCUGAAAAAAGCAUCCAUAGUUAGAAAUCAAAAAGACACAGCCCACACACGUGCAGAACGGAACAUCCUGGAAGCCGUGCGGCAUCCAUUUAUAGUCGAAUUAGUGUACGCCUUCCAGACAGGUGGAAAAUUGUAUUUAAUCCUAGAGUAUUUGAGCGGUGGCGAGCUGUUCAUGCAUUUAGAACGAGAAGGAAUAUUUUUAGAGGACACCACUUGCUUUUACCUGUGUGAAAUUAUCCUCGCGCUAGAGCAUUUGCACAAUCUGGGUAUCAUCUAUCGAGAUCUAAAGCCGGAAAACGUACUACUAGACGCCCAAGGUCACGUCAAACUGACGGAUUUUGGCCUCUGCAAAGAACACAUCCAGGAGGGAAUCGUUACGCACACUUUCUGCGGCACUAUCGAGUACAUGGCUCCUGAAAUUCUAACAAGAAGUGGUCACGGCAAAGCAGUGGACUGGUGGUCACUUGGUGCCCUGAUGUUCGACAUGUUAACGGGCAUGCCACCAUUCACAGCAGAUAACCGGAAAAACACAAUCGAUGCCAUUCUGAAGGGCAAACUUAACAUCCCAGCAUACCUGGCGGCAGAUUCCAGAGACCUCAUCCGCCGGCUUAUGAAGCGACAGGUUUCGCAACGUCUCGGCAGUGGUCCCACGGAUGGGCAAGCUGUUCGAUCACAUUCGUUCUUCAAAAACGUCAACUGGGAUGACGUGUUAGCUCGACGAUUGGACCCACCAAUCAAGCCUGUCUUGCGAAGUGAAGAUGACGUCUCGCAGUUCGACACCAAAUUUACCAAGCAGAUACCAGUCGACUCACCUGACGAUUCAACGUUAAGUGAGAGUGCCAAUCUAAUCUUCCAAGGAUUCACCUACGUUGCCCCCUCUGUCUUGGAAGAAAUGCAACAGCCACGAGUCGUGACGGCACGGUCACCCCGCCGGACGCCGCGGCCUCACCACGGCAGUCAUCACCAUCAUCACCAUCACAUGGGCAGUCACAGUAGUCAUCACCAUCAUGGGGGCCACGGUCACCAUCGGAUGGGCGGUGCGAUAGGAAACGGCGUCAUAACGCUGGAGGAUGAACAGAUGCUCAGUAUGCCCCGGUCACAGGCAAUGCCAUCAAGUCACCAGCCCCAGCCGAUGCCCCAUCAUAUGAUGUUCCAGCAGCAACAGCACCAACAACAACAGCAACAGUCACAACCUCAGCAGCAACCGCCACAGCAGCAGUCAGCGGCGAGAAGUACGCAGUUCGUAGCCGGACCCAAUGCGCGACAUACGCCGGCCCAUUUGCAGCCAUUUGCGCCACGGCCUUCGCCUCAGGACGAAAUGAUGGAGGUGUAUCCGGAGCUACCGAUUUCAUAGCCUAGAAUGGAAUACAACAAUUUUAGAAGAUUUAUAAUAUAAUAAAAAAAUAAAAAAAAUACUAGUAGUCUAAUUCCCCUUUACCCAACAUCCCUCACAUCGGAAGAAGAUGCAACAGAAAAGCAACCAACAGGGAGAGAGAAAACCGAACGGCAACAGAAAUCGGGCGGCAGAACAAACCAACCAACCAAUGGCAGUUGAUGGUGAUGAUUCGACAGAACACAAAGAAAGAUAAAACGGUAUAUGAAGUAAGUGAGGAUUUGUUAGAAAGAACGCUAGAAAUGAUUGUACAAUACAGUAGCAUUGAAACAGCAGAGCUGACACCGUUGCCGAACCAUAUUUCAAACAGUUGAGGAUUUUUGCCGAUGGUUUUUCCCGCAUUACUCGGUUUUGAUUUAACACUUUCUAUCGUUUACAUUUUCUGAACGGUGCCCGAGAAGUCCACACGUUCAUUAUCUUUUGAAUUUAAUUCUAUUUGUUUUAGAGAAAAGGACGCAAUACUUAUUUACUUUUGUUUUUGGAUCCCUUUACAAGUUGUUUACAAUCGAUGUAACUUCUAUCAACCGUUUAUUAGUCGUAUUAACGUUCUACUUGAUGUAGCGACGAGUUAGUAAAGGCUAUUUGUGCCGCAAUAUGAUCAUUCACUGUAUAUUACACCUUCCAACAAUUGCUUGAUUAUGUACAUAGUAGUUUACAAAUUUGAUCGGAAUUUAUAUAGGAAUAAAAGAGGGCAUGGAAGCAAGCGAUCGCUGAUCCAAUUCAUGCCACGCGAGAACCACACGGAUCCGACAUUGUUGGAAAUAUGGUACAUUUGGCGGUAAUCAUGUUGAGUUAAGAGUAUUUAGCAAGAUUGAUCGAGAAGACUAGGCAAUAUUUAAACGCGAUUGACCAUUAUUGAAGGAACACGUACUCUCCAUAGCAGGACUAAGCAGAUAAGAAUAAAAGAAUGAAGUUGUGUAAGUUGUGAAAUACUGUGAAAAAAAAGUUUCGAGUGGAUUCAUUUUUCUUCGACUUUGAUAUCGUUGUUUCUCACUACAUGUACCCAUUUACUAGUCGGACUUUAUCGGUGGCCGUGAAUAUCUCAACUAAAACUGUAUUAUGUGCACAUCUUGACAAAUCAUUGGCGACGUACACUUGUGAUUUAUUUUUUUUUUCUUUUUGGGUUGUUCUGAUAAUCAUCGUGAAAUGUGACGCUGCCAGGUUCGUGACCGACCACAGCUCUAGCACUUAUUCAAUUCAGAUUCUAUUUGCUAUAUAGUGAGUGAAUGCACUCGGAAAAGGUGUAUAAAGUUUAGAAUUGUUAUAAACAAAUUCUCUGCGCGGCGGAACAGAUGUGUAUAAAACUGUGAAUUCAAAACGCUAGGAUUAUCCCAAGGGAUGGGAGCUGAAAUUUAGCAAGCGUACGGAAAAAUUAGGGAAUUCUUUUUCAAAAUUCGAUAUUCUCUGCGACGCUAAGGGUUGAACAAUCUGUGUAUAGCUUUUUCUUAGCUUGUAAGUAUAUCGAAAUUUUUCUAGAAAGAAGAUACACCGCAGCGUUAGGAGGUAUUGCUACAAGAUUAGGGUUCAAUCAAAGAUAAACAGACACACUUUGUUCAUUAUCGCUACCGCUAUGUGGGCUCUUAUAAUUGUCUGCAAUCUUGUUAUUACAAGCAACUGAUUCUUUUAAAAACUUUCAAAUUUUGCAAACUGUGUAAUAUCUUCGAUAUAGGGAUCGGUUUUCGCAAAGAGACCGCUUGAUAGAAGAUCCUCCAAAGGUCCUCUCUGGAGUCACCAUAAAUGUCGGUGGCAGAAGCUACUUGUUUUUACAACUAAAAAUCGUUUUCGGCUCUGGCCUUUGACUUUUCUUUCUAGUCUACCAGGCAACUUUUUCUCCCCUCGAGGAGACAAGUUUUAACUUGAUAUAUUUCGUACUUUUCGAUAGUAUUUUUUAU